AUGGAAGAUCUUUCUGAGGUCAUUACUUGUGCGCGAUUUCAUCCGGCUGAAUGUCAUUUAUUAGCCUAUUCGACCAGCCGCGGCCUGAUCCGACUAUGCGAUAUGCGAGUUCGGGCGCUGUGUGAUAAUCACGUUUUGGCAUUUGAAGAUCCUCGGUUAACUCAAAAUCUUGGUUUUUUUGCGGACAUCAUUGCCAGUCUGUCGGAUUUCCGAUUCGAUCAUUCAGGCCAUCACGUGCUCGCCCGAGACUACCUUACCCUCAAAGUUUGGGAUAUGCGCAUGAGCGACCGACCGUGUGAAGUCUAUCCUGUCCACGAACCAUUCCGCUCACAGUUGUGCAUGCUAUAUGAGAACGACGCCAUAUUUGACAAAUUUCUCUGUUGCUGGUCCAAUGAUGAUCGGUACUUGCUCACCGGCUCUUACGGUAACCUGUUUCGAAUUUUCGAUCGAACAAACGGGACCGAUUGGCUUUAUGAUUCCGGCGACUCUAAUCCGGCACAGACACCCAAUCCUUCCAGUGCUCAACCGGAUGUUCUUCUUCCUAAGCGAUUUCUCUCACCUGAAGACCCAAUCGGCAGUUGUCUUGGUCUGACUACUGUGUGUGUGGCUUCAGUUCGAUCCCUAGAUGCAUUUCUGCUUCAUUCAGAUAGUAGUAGCGGUGGAGGCGGUGUUGGUGGUAGCUCAAGCAGCUCGCCGGACAGCUGUUUUAGCGAAGGUGGAACAAACGAAGAUAGCCGAUCACCGAUAACACACGAUCGUUCUGCCGAUUCCCCUCUGUCUGCUCCGUCUCGUAAAGAUGACGAUGAUGGUUCCCCACCGACUGGGUCUAAGCGUCGUAAACAAGUUCUUUCUGCUCCAUCAAUUAGAAUCGAUCUGCAACAGUUAGAUUGCCAACGCAAACUGCUUCAUCUUGCCUGGCACCCUCGAGAACUAAAACUGGCCACAAUUUGCGGAACCCAAUUGUUUCUGAUUGAUAGCACGCGAGAUUCGAUUCCCAUAGUGUCUCUAGACGAUUCGAAACACCCAAAAUGGCAUCUUGGUCCACCGGAUGAUUUCGAAGAUGAGGAUGCUGGUGAUGCAACUAACGAAUUGGAAUGGGGAGUGAUUCCAACAGAGCACCCUAUUGGAAUUAAUGUACACACCGAUUCCGAGGUUCCACCUGAUGCUAAAGUCCCAAAGCGCCCACGACAACGUUCACAGAUUGACAGUUCCCUUACUGAUCCGGAUGAAACAACAUCAAGUUCUGUUUGCAAUAUCUUGUCUACCGCUGACGUGUUCACUCCCCUCGAUACACUUCCUGGGGUAGAUGUGAUGUUGCGCAAUGGUAUUUCAUACAACAAUAAUAAGGAUAUCCCCGAGACUCAAUCGAAUUUAUCUAGCCUAAUGGAUCAAAUGUCCCCAAACUUGAAUGUGCCAUGUGGUGAAGACUAUGCGGAUACUGAAUGA